AUGGCAGAAGCAAUGGAGGGAAUUCCAAGAAGCGAGGAUGGAGAAGGGAAGAAGAAUCAGAAAGUGUUUAGCCGCGUAGAUUCCCUUCACUUGGAGGCUGGAAGAGUUUCCAAUCUGUCGAAAACUGACCACAAGCAGAAAGCGAGUUGGGGAACGACAUUGAGCUUAGCAUUCCAAUGCAUUGGAGUUGUGUAUGGAGACGUCGGCACAUCUCCAUUGUAUGUGUAUUCAAGCACCUUCCCAAACGGCAUCAAUAACACAGAGGACUUACUUGGUGUCUUGUCUCUCAUCAUUUACACUAUCACACUUAUAACCUUGCUUAAAUAUUGUUUUAUUGUUUUAUGGGCCAAUGACAAUGGUGAUGGGGGAACUUUUGCGGUUUAUUCCAAGAUAUGUCGGCAUGUUAAGGUGAGUUUAAUUCCAAAUUAUCAGAAAGAGGAUGCAUCGCUAUCCAACUAUAGCGUACAAAUCCCUUCCACGAAUGCGAAAAGAGCUCAGAAAGUUAAAGAAACGAUGGAGAACAGUCCAGCUAUUCGUGUCAUGCUCUUCAUGUGUGCUAUUGCUGGUACUUCCAUGGUGAUGGGAGAUGGGGUUCUCACUCCAGCAAUUUCAGUGCUCUCUGCAGUGGGUGGAAUCCAAUUAGCAGUGCCAACACUUAGUCAAGGUGCUGUCGUUGGAAUUUCAAUAGCGAUCUUGAUCCUUCUCUUUGGAUUUCAACGAUACGGAACCGACAUAGUUGGUUAUUCAUUUGCCCCUCUCAUCAGCAUAUGGUUUCUUUUCAUCGGUUGCAUCGGUGUCUACAACUUGAUCAAGUAUGAUAUUGCUGUUUUACGCGCUUUUUAUCCAAAAUACAUCAUUGAUUAUUUCAGAAGAAAUGGCACCAAUGGAUUUAUAUCUCUUGGAGGUGUUAUUUUGUGCAUCACAGGAACGGAAGCAAUGUUUGCUGACUUGGGUCACUUCAAUAUUCCAGCCAUUCAAAUUAGUUUCGGCGGAUUUGUGUAUCCUGCAUUAAUAUUGGCUUACAGUGGGCAAGCUGCAUACCUCACCAAAUACCCAAAUAAUGUUUUAACUAGUUUCUAUUCCAGUAUUCCUGGUCCAUUAUACUGGCCACAAUUUGUUAUAGCUGUUAUUGCAUCUGUUAUUGCAAGCCAAGCUAUGAUAUCUGGAUCAUUCUCAAUCAUAGCUCAAUCCCAAAGUCUUGGAUGCUUCCCAAGGGUUAAGGUGAUUCACACUUCAAAGAAGUAUGAAGGGCAGGUUUACAUCCCUGAGGUUAACUAUGCACUCAUGAUCGGCACUAUCAUUAUCACAGCUGCAUUCCAGAAUACAAUAGCCAUCGGCAAUGCAUAUGGCAUUUGUGUGGUUACUGUGAUGGUAAUCACAACAUGUUUGGUUAGCCUCAUAAUGCUUGUAAUAUGGAAGAUAUCCAUUCUGUGGAUCAGCCUCUUCUUCGUGUUUUUCGCUUCAAUAGAGCUAAUAUAUCUAUCCUCUACGAUAUCUAAGUUUAUACAAGGCGGAUGGCUUCCACUGGCGUUUGCUGCAGUUCUUGUGACCAUUAUGUGGAUAUGGCAUUAUGUUUACAAAGAGAGAUACAUGUUCGAGCUGGAAAACAAGGUCUCCAGUGAUUUUAUGAGAGAUAUAGCCACGAACCCAAACAUAAACAGAGUUCCAGGAAUCGGACUUCUAUAUUCUGAGCUUGUUCAAGGCAUCCCACCCAUAUUUCCCCACUUCAUUUCAAACAUACCAUCCAUCCAUUCAGUUCUAGUGUUUGUCUCUAUAAAGCAAAUCCCAAUUCCUACAGUAGAAAUGGAGGAACGUUUUCUAUUCCGUCAGGUUGAGCCCCGAGAGUCCCGGAUGUUCCGUUGUGUUUUUCGAUAUGGCUACAAGGAUGCAUUUGAUAAACCAGAGGAGUUUGAGCAACAACUUGUCAAACAAUUGAAAGAAUUUGUUCGUCAUGAAAAUUUUAUGCACAACGAGGAAUUAAUAGAACAGAACAUCCUUCCAUUCAAACAUCAUGAUCCUCAAUCAACCAAUUCUUCUAGCCGAAUUGUCAGUACCCGAUCCGGACAAACCCUUGGAGCAGAAGAAGAUGAAACACAAUUCAUUGACGAAGCAAUGGAGAAUGGGGUGGUGUAUCUCUUGGGUGCACCAGAAGUAAUGGCAAAACCGAAUUCCUCUUGUUUCAAAAAGAUCAUUGUUAAUUAUGUCUAUAACUUCUUGAAGAGGAACUUUAGGCAAGGACAGGAUAUGAUGUCCAUUCCACGGACAAGGGUUCUCAAGGUCGGAAUGAUAUAUGAGAUUUGAGAUUGCCCAUGGUUUUCAAUUCCCUGAGCUGCAAAUAAGAUACAUUUGUGUCUAAUGUUGAGCCCCAAA